GAUGUCACUGCUAUGUUGAUGAUGAUGGAUAUCCACCCAGGAGACACUGUGUUGGAAAGUGGCAGCGGGUCUGGCGCUAUGAGCUUGUUCCUGUCAAGAGCAGUUGGGCCCAAAGGACGUGUCAUAAGUUAUGAAAUUAGAAAUGAUCAUCAUAAUUUAGCUAAGAGGAACUACAGGCAGUGGCGUAUGGCAUGGGAAAUAAGACACGUGGACGAGUGGCCAGAUAAUGUGAAUUUUGUUCUUAAAGACAUCUCAACAGCUACCGCAGAUCUGAAAUCUGAAACACUUGACGCAGUAGUUCUGGAUAUGCUUAACCCUCAGUCUGCUCUGCCUGUGGUACACUCAAGCCUGAAACUGGGUGGUGUGUGUGCUGUGUAUUUAGCAAACAUCACACAGGUUAUUGAACUUUUAGACAGAAUACGGACCCUCAAGCUCCCUUUAAUCUGUGAAAGGAUCAUUGAGGUAACUCACAAAAGCUGGUUAGUACUCCCUGCUAAAAUCAAGAAUUCCAAAUCAAGACAAACGGUGGAAAAUCAAGAAAAUAUUGAGGAACCACCUCAAAAGGAAUAUGAAGAAAUCCACAUCCAGGAUCAAGCAAUUCUUAGAGAAGGUGAAUACGAUGAAUCACUUCCUGAUGAUGCUGAAACAUCCCGCUCGGUGCCUUAUGUUGCUAGGCCAUCUUACUGGCAGGAAGCUCAUUCAGCAUUUCUUACCAAGCUGAGAAAGUUUGGACCACUGCUCUCUUGA